AAUCAAUGACCUUCAGUCAGGAGCGCACUUUGGAACUGCAGGACUCUUUAGUAACCAUGCAGACAAUUGAAGUUCUGAAACAGGCCCUCUCCAGCCUGGAUCCUACCCAGCAGCAGCAGCUCUUGGUCGCCGGGUCUGCGGUGGCCGUGGGCGGGCUGCUGACCUGCUAUUACUGGGUGUAUCAAGGCACGAAGACAAAGCGCAUUCCAAUAGGGGAUGGGUGGUGGGGGGCAGGAGAGAAGCCUCAGUCAGAGGAUGAGAAGGUUUUCCCCUUUCAGGUCCAGACUUCCGAUGAAGAGAUACAGGACUUGUAUGACCGUAUUGAAAGGACCCGGUACACUGAACAACUGGAGGACACAGGCUUCCAGUACGGCUUCAACUCUACCUACCUGAAGAAGGUGGUCUCCCACUGGAGGCAUCAAUUUAACUGGAAGAAGCAGAUUGCAAUACUCAACAAGUAUCCUCAAUUCAAAACCAAUAUCGAGGGAUUGGAUGUACACUUCAUCCAUGUGCGUCCACCUCACCGUGAGGGCCAGAGGGUGUUGCCUCUAAUGCUGGUGCAUGGCUGGCCUGGCUCUGUCUAUGAGUUCUAUAGGAUCCUGCCCUUACUCACCAACUCGCUGGACAGUCUGGCUUUCGAAGUCAUCUGCCCCUCCAUCCCAGGAUAUGGCUUCUCCGAGGCCCCUCAUAAGCAAGGGUUUAGCUCUCUGGCUGCAGCGAGGGUCUUCCACAAGCUGAUGGAGCGUCUGGGUUUCUCAGAGUAUUAUCUGCAGGGAGGAGACUGGGGCUCAAUCAUCACUACUAACAUGGCCCAGAUGAAGCCAGAGUGUGUGAAGGGUCUCCACCUCAACAUGUUAACUAGCAAACUGAGGGGGUUCGGUGUCCUGUUUUCAAUCCUGAUUGGCCGCUACCUGCCCUGGCUGGUUGGGUUCACCCGGGAGGAUGUCAGGAGGUUGUUUGGUUCAGUAGGUUUCAUGGAAAGGAACUUCUAUGAGAUCAUCAGAGAGACUGGCUACCUGCACAUCCAGGGCACCAAGCCAGACUCCGCUGGUUGUGGAGUGAAUGACUCUCCAGUAGGCCUGGCUGCUUACAUACUGGAGAAGUUCUCCACCUGGACUGACUUCAACAACAGGGACUUGGAAGAUGGGGGGCUGGAGAGGAAGUUCACCCUGGACGACCUGCUGACCAACAUCAUGAUCUACUGGACCACCGGCUCCAUCGUGUCCUCCAUGAGGUUCUACAAGGAGAACUUAAAGACCAACAUUGACAACAGACUGGAUAAUAACACGGGGGUGUAUGUGCCUACAGGUCUGGCGGCGUUCCCCAACGAGGUAAGGCACGUGCCCCAGUCGUGGGCCAGAGACAGGUUCAGGAACAUCUACUCCUACUCUUACAUGCCCCGAGGAGGCCACUUCGCUGCCUUCGAGGAGCCACAGCUCCUGGCUGACGACCUGCUGCAGUUUGUGAAGAAGGUGGAGAAGGUGGAGAGUUGAUGGAUACAUUAGGUCGACUCCACUCCUGCCAAGUGCCUGGAAGAAAAACCAGCAGGACUGCAGAACGUGAUGACACUACAGCUUGGAAUUGUAGCUUUACACUAAAAACAUUUAAAUGUUAAUCUAAGAUAAAAAAUCAGAAGCACUGUCUGAUUAUCAGGUAAAUACUUGGUCAAUCAGUGAUGUUAACACUGCAAUAUGAUCAUGCUCAGUGAUUGUGUUGGUGUAAUAUUAAGGCUAUACAGUCAACAUAAUGGACCAAUACUGUAAUAAUGAAAUGAUCAGCACUUUAAUACAGAUGUCUUGACAUUGAUAACAAAUGUCUUCCAGAUUGCAAAAAAAACUUUGUGAAAGAUGUCUGUUCUUGUCUUGUUGCAAUAAUGCGACAGGGUGAUCAAUGCUCCUGUGGUAGCCCAGUGGUUAGAGCGUUGGACUAGUAACUGGAAGGUUGUGAGUUCAAACCCCUGAGCUGACAAGGUACAAAUCUGUCGUUCUGCCCCUGAACAGGCAGUUAACCCACUGUACCCAGGCCGUCUUUGAAAAUAAGAAUUUGUUCUAAACUGACUUGCCGAUUUAAAUAAAAGGUAAAAUAACAAAAAUACUGCUAUAGUAUACUACUGCUGUCCUGGGCCAUAUGAACAAAAAGCCAGGAUAAAAUUUAAUAAUACAUUGAUAAGAUGAACGUACAGCACAGUUUAAAAUGAUCAUUUAAACCAAUAGUUUGAUGGUUGUAGUCAUUAACAAUCUCCCAUAUGAGGAAACUGAACUCAAACUUCACAUCUCUCCAGUAUAGGCUACUUAUCCUAAAGAACGAUAAGCAAAACGCCACCAAUAAGUGAUUCAGAUUCAGACAACAUUAAUGUCCUCAGAGGCAAUUCAUGUGGCAGCAGUCAUAAAACAGAACACAUUUUAAAAUAAAUAGCAAAGGAUAUUUACAAGCAAAUAGGCAGGAUUUGAUCAGUAUGGUGGCUGUCAAUGACUUUCAGUUCAUCAUACCAGCUUUCUCCUAGAUCAGCACUCCUACUCUGAGAAACGUUAUGAUCAUGGCCUCCUGUCAUCUCAUACUAUGGCUGUAGUUGGGAAUCUUUUCAUUGUCACUUGCUGAAGCCUUUGAUAGCCAUGGGGGUCCUGAAACCACACAACCCUGCCAGUCAGUCUGCCCUCCAGAACCAUGGCCCUGUGCGGCAGAUGCGGAGGCUCUGGUCACCGUCGGCAAGUGUGACCUCGUACAGAUCCUUGGGGAGGAAGGAUUCACAGAGGAGGAGGAGCACGUGGGGGACCAGGGUGAAGAGCACCUCCAGUUGUUAGAGAACCUUCUCUAGGUCUUGGAAGGUACGCUGGCACCACCUCCAGUCCAGGCCUCCUGUGGCGGACUGACCGGGCCUCUAACC